AUGACUUCCAAGGCGAUCAAGACAAUUUUGAUGUGCAGACCGACUUAUUUUCAGGUAAAAUUAGUGUUGUUUUUAUUAAGACUAUAGGGUUACUACAUUUUUUACAUUGGAUAUAACCCAGUGCAGGUUAAUGUAGAGAUAUGCAAACUUGUUGAGGGUAUUUUCCUACUUUUUUAGCUACAGAGGGCCAAAAAUUAUGUUGUAGCAAACCAAUUUUGAUAUUUUGAUGAUUUCUUGCAUUCUCUGUCAGCCAAAAAUUCUUAGUGAUCAAAAUAUUGAUUUUGAUAAAUUUAUGACAUGUCUCACGAAAGGGUAUGCGUUUUUCAUUUGUCUUCGCGCUAAAUUACAUUAUUUUAGGUCAGGUACUCCAUCAACCCAUGGAUGAAAUUAAAUCAACCAGUUGAUGUCCCCAAAGCCCAGAGUCAAUGGAAUACGCUUAAGGACGAAAUUGAGAAAGCAGGCGGAGUAGUUAAAGUCAUGGAGCCACAUGUAAAUCCUCCUUUUUUAUAUUAAUCAUCAUUUAGGGAGCCGAACAGUUCCCGGACCUCGUUUUCACAGCGAACGCGGCGACCGUCCGCAACAAAACGGCUUAUUUGGCAAAUUUCUUUUAUCCAGAACGUCAAGGAGAACGUUAUUUCUAUGGAAAGUGGUUCAGUGAUAACGGAUACGUGACUACCGGAUCUCUGGAUAUCCCAUUUGAAGGAACUGGAGACGCGUUGUGGGCUGGGUCCAAACGCGAUAAAUUGAUUUGUGGAGUGGGCCCCAGGACUGAUGUCAAGGCGUUGGAUGAGGUCCAUAAAGCGCUGAAUGUGGAUGGAAAUACGCCUUUUAAGACCGUGGGGAUGAGAUUGGUCGAUCCCAGGUGAGAGAGAUGCACCUGUUAAAUGAGUUCGAGGUGUGUAUAGUCUGUGCCCCGUUUCAGUUGACCGGACUGAAUGGGUGAGAAACAAUGACCGGUUGUUUGGAAAAGCAACCUGUUGUGACCAAAUAAGGUUCUCGAUUUUAUAGUCUGCGCUUGUUUAUUCGACUUGUUACACUUGGGAGUUCAUGAAGGGUUUUGUCAUUAUUAAACAGUUUAGCAGUUUUUUAAGGUAAAAAGAAAGUUACGUUGCGGCAGAACUCUACCCCUUUUCUGAACUUUACCCCAAUCUGAACUUUACCCCUUUUUCAACUCUACCCCAAAAAAGGUUGAACUCUACCCCUUUUUUGAUUUUCGCCAAAAAAUCUGAACUCUACCCCUUUUUGAACACUACCCCAUUUUGAAAAUUGAAAAAAUAAGGCGUGACAUCUUAUACGAUGAAAAAUUUUUUCAAAUUGAAAAUAAUGAGGUGUGACAUCUUAUACGAUGAAAUUUUUUUUCAAAUUGAAAAUAAUCAGGUGUGACAUCUUAUACGAUGAAAUUUUUUUUCAAAUUGAAAAUAAUAAGGUGUGACAUCUUAUACGAUGAAAAUUUUUUUCAAAUUGAGAAAAAUCAGGUGUGACAUCUUAUACGAUGUAAAAAUUUUUCAAAUUGAAAAUAAUCAGGUGUGACAUCUUAUACGAUGAAAUUUUUUUUCAAAUUGAAAAUGAUCAGGUGUGACAUCUUAUACGAUGAAAAAUUUUUUCAAAUUGAGAAGUAUAAAGAUUUUUUAGAAACGAUGUUGGAUCGUGGUUACCAAUAAUUUCUAACGUGUUUCAAAUGAAUGGGGACGUAAUUGGUAAGUUUAAAGCCCACUUCGAAAAAAUUUGAUUAAAUUGAAGGUUUUAUUAAUUAUUGUAAUAAAGUUUGAGAAAUAAAAGUUGUCAUUGUAAAUCGGAGAAUAAACUCACUAUGACUUUUCAAUUUGAAAAAAAAUUUCAUCGUAUAAGAUGUCACACCUUAUUAUUUUCAAUUUGAAAAAAAUUUUCAUCGUAUAAGAUGUCACACCUGAUUAUUUUCAAUUUGAAAAAAAUUUUCAUCGUAUAAGGUGUCACACCUCAUUUUUUCAAUUUUCAAAAUGAGGGGUAGUGUUCAAAAAGGGGUAAAGUUCAUUCAAGGGGUAGAGUUGAAAAAGGGGUAAAGUUCUGAAGGGGUAAAGUUCAAAAAGGGGUAGAGUUGAAAAAGGGGUAAAGUUCAGAAAAGGGGUAGAGUUCAGGUUCAACCAGAAAGUUAGCCAUUGCUGGAACUGCAGAAAAAAUCAAUCUGCUUGCAGAAAGUUAAACAAAAUUCAUAAUUUUUGCUUCAAAAAUAUAGGAAAAUCAAUGUGUUUAUUUUUCUAGCAGUUUAGUUAUGGUUUGGUCGCCAACGUUGAACCUCUGACAAAAAAAUUGAUUUUCUUUCUUUUUCCAGAUUCUACCACAUCGACACUGCUCUCUGCCCCCUGAACGAUGACCUAGGGAUCUACUAUCCCUAUGCGUUCGAUCCCAUCUCACGACACAACCUGAAAAACGAGUUGGAGCUGAUUCCAGUUAGCCAAGACGAUGCCGCUCGCUUUGCUUGUAACGCAGUUGUCGUUGGAAAGACGGUAAUCAUUCACGAAGGCUCUGAGCUAAUCGCCAGAGACCUGGAAAGGGUCGGAUAUACGACAGUUUUCGUCAACAUGUCAGAGUUUUUGAAGAGCGGCGGAUCUUGCAAAUGUUGUACGCUUGAAAUUUAA